AUGGCCACAAUACUGGAGGAAAGGGAAAAAAUUGAAAUGUCAGGUAGCAUUUUUCAUUCUUCAUAUGGUUCAGAUGAUGAAGAUUCAGUUAAGACAUCUUCUCAGGAUUCAGAAUUGAGUCCUCAAUCUUCAUCUGUUUCUGGUUCCAUGACUCACAGCUUAUCAAAUAGUUUUAUUGAGUUGGGCAUAGAUUCAGAUGUCUGUGACAAAAAAUCUUCUCCAGUAGAAGAAGUAGGUUCUGUAAAUUCAAAGAUGACAAGUGAUAAGGUUACUAAUUCUCCUCUUCGAAAAGUUAAAGUUGAAAUACCUCACUCUCACCAACCAUAUCCAUCAGAAAGUGAUUGUUCAUCAAGAGUGAGUUCAAAAGUCUCAUUCAAUCCUAUCAGAAAAAGGCUAAAUCCUUUCACAAAGUCAAAAAAAAUUCCAAGAAACAUGACUUGUCAAAAAUCUUUGUUGAACGACUUCUCCAACACAACAAAAGCUACUGGUAGCGUUGUUUCUGAAUGCUCACCUGUUCAUCUGCAUGGUAAUCUCAAGUUGAAAAACAAACAAGGAUUUCCUUAUUUUGAGUUUAAGGUAGAUUCUUCCAAAGAUGUCUUUGUUGCAAAGACAUGGAGAGUCGGUACUAGUGCUUUCAAUUGGGUAUAUACCUUUCACUCUGUUGAUAAUAGAAACAAGAACAAUUAUGCAGGUGUUUUGAAAUCUCAACAUUGUGUCAAAGAUUCAUCAAUGAUAGCACAGAUGCUAGUUUCCUAUAGUUUAUGUUCUGAAUUAGAAGGUGGAGUAUUUGGAAACUAUAUGGUGGCAGAAUUUGUGUUGUAUGAUUUUACACACUCAAUAAAAAGUGCUUCACCAAAAAAGUCAUCUUGCAGCAAACAAGAUGCUUCUAAGACUCUGAAUGCUGCUAGCCUUGAAAGUGCUGCUAUUGUAUUGCGAAUUCCGGUUUGUAAGAGAGAAAGUUUGAAAUACAGCCGAGGGGAUGGAAUAAAUGGUAAAGCAUAUUCCAAACCAAGUGAUAUCUGUUCAGUAGUAGAGCGGGUGAAGGUGGUAUUACCAAUCGGAAACCAUGGUGUGCCAAGUGAUGAAAGCGAGGGUCCUUCAUCGUUACUUGAUCGAUGGAAAGAUGGUGGAGGUUGUGACUGUGGUGGUUGGGACAUGGCCUGUCCGCUUAUUCUUUUAGGCAAUCCUGGUAUUCAAUUUCAUGAAGAUAUCCAUCUUGUGGAGAAAUAUCAACCAUUUGAACUUUUCUCUCAGCCUCAGGGACCCAAAGAAAGUAGUCCUACCUUUGGCAUGAAAUUAGUUGAAGAGGGACAAUAUGCAGUUGAUUUCCAUGCAAAAUUAUCUCCGUUACAAGCUUUCUCCAUUUCUGUCACCGUUUUGCAUGGAACUUCUGCCUUCCGCGCUACGGGACAGGUGAAAAACCAGCAGUUAUCUCAACGCAAUUUCUUGAAGAGAAAGUAG